AGCUUUCACAUCAACUCCCAUGUCCUCAUCAUCCUUAAAUGCCUGCAUCGCUCGUCUUGAUGCCGGUACUAGGUCUAUUUGUUCGAUAACACGAUCAAUAAACCGAGUUUUACCAGGCCCAUUUACUCACGCAUUAUUGUUCACCAAACUAGGUGACUUAAUUCGCGAUAUCGACCCGUCAGAACUUGGUCUAUUCUCAGUCUCUAACAUUUCAAGCGCUCCUCCUCCUCAGGAGAAGGACGUUGUUCGCGCCCCUUCAACAUUGGAAAUCUCACGCGUCGAAUUCCAUGGUGCCACACCCUUGCGGAAACCUCAGCUUCGGAAAGAAGGUCAGUACAAACCGAAGGAACUACUUCCAGAAGUCUAUGCUCGAGCGGCUUUGAAGUGCAUAGAACGAUACCAGCAGGUUCGUCCUAUGUCGAGUGCACAUUCUCAAGCUUCUGCCAUUCUGGAACAGCUAGAAGCCGUGCGUGAACGUAUAAAGGCUCUCAUUGAAACGCUGAAAGAGACCGAGACUGCUGAAGCACCUUCACUAGCACCGAGUGUUGAGGAAGAAGAGCAAAGUAUACAGGUCCUGCGGCUAAGGAUAGCUGACCAUGAGAAACGAAGAAAUCUCAAAAAUGGAACGAAACUCAGCCCUGAAACCCACAAACCCCCAUCGAGGAAAAUUUGGUUACCGAACAAAAUACCUGCUACGGAUCUCGAUGAGGAUACUUUCUGGACCGCGUCAUCCUCAAGCACUCGGACACCGCGAUUUUCAGACAACCUUCUUGAUGAAGUAGCAGAGUUUGGUGAACAGUCGAUUCUGUCGCUUGCAAGUCCUGCUCCUCUUCCCGCUCUACCUUCUCCCUCGCUUGACGACUCCAAAGAGGAAGAGAUCCUGAGAAAACCAUCUCCAGCGGUUAGAUCACCACUUUUGGACCACGUUUCUGAAAUGACAAUGGAAGUGGAAGCCAACAAUCAACAACAUCCUUCAAGUACCGAAGGCGCAGAUAAACCGAUACCUCCGUCAGCCGGGGAAUUGGAGGCAACGCCCACACAAACGCCUGGUCCGAAGAAGCCUAAAAUACGAAUCAAUAUGGAAAUUGAACGUACUGUAGCAAAAAUAUGGGCUUGCAAUGCCUUGGGUGACAUUACCCUUCCAAGGAGGAGUUCAGCUAUCGAAGCUAAAUCGACAAUCGCCCAUCUUCAAUCCCUCUCUUCCAUGGCGCUAAGCCCCUCCUCUCCCACAACAUCUGCAUCUUCGGCUGCGGGUGAAGUACCUUCGCAGCCCUCUCCACAUCAAAUUCUCACCGCACACCUGUUACUCGCUCUCCUGACUUCUCCCCAGCUAUCACUGCCACUAAACAAGGUUAAGGAGCUUCUGUCAACGAAGGCUAGCACCAGUGGUAGUAUAGCAUUGGCGUCGAACCACAUGAAGCCGUAUUUUACGUGCCUCUCGAAACGACUACUCAAAGUCGAUCGAGCAAGUGGAGAGCAGUUGGUCAAGUUCAAUCUAUAGAAUGAGUUGAUAGAGUCAACGGAAAGUCGUCAGCAGUACAGACGCGGUUGAGCAGUGACGGGAGUAUGUAUACCAAGAUCAGUGUGUUUAGGAAUGAUAAGCAGUAUACACGCGACUUGCAUGAGGAUGGUCACGAUGCGAG